AUGUUCCGAAUCUACUUAUGCUUCGCAAUUUUCAUAGUGGCUUUUGCCGACGACACGGCCCCAGACAUGCAGGAGAAGGCUAAACAGCUCGAAGAAUACUUCAAGUCAAACUCAAGUCCUGAGCAGAAAAAAGCCAAAUUCAACGAAUUCAUUUCAAGCCUAGGAGGUGACUACAAGGCAAAAUUCGACUCCUUGAUCAAUGACCUAAAGGCAAAACUCGCCGCAUCAAAUAAUGAAAAGGUAAAAGCGCUUGGAACCAGACUGAUCAACCAAUUCGAAUCAGGCGCAUUCUUCGGAGGAAUGGAAAACGCCAAACAGAUGAUCGCUAAGGAAGUCGCUGAUGCUCAGCUCAGCGAAGCUGACAAAGCAGAAAUGAAGUCGAUAAAAGAGGAGUUCGGGCAGAAACUUCAUGAAAUGUUCAAGGGCAUCCUACCCAAAGGCCAUCCGACGCCACCAACGCCUGCCUAA